GUGAGAUUCUGACUUUGCAUAAUAGUGCCCAGCGGCCAUUUUUAUGUAAUACGGUGUAAUAAAUUGUUAUGCAACGAUUUUGACCUCAUAAUUUGGCGGGUUGCGAACAGUCCGCGGCCAUGAUAGCACACGCUCGCGCGCUUUCUCAUUGACAGUUCAGUGUUCGAAAUUUGAAUUUGUGCCUGUGACAUUUUAGUGCAGUGACUUUGGAUUUAAAAAUAAUGUGCUGAACUUCCACAAUGGCGACUCUCGACACCAAUAGUAACAUUAUAGAUAUACUGGACAUGAAAAUAGAGAACAGGAACGCACAGGAAAGCGCGGACAGGAGCAGGAACUUAAAACGGGAGAGGCAAACGGUGAAAACAGGAAACAUGAAGGAAAACGAUCUAAUUCAACAGGAAAUCGACAGGAAUCAGGAGAUAAAUGGAACCAUGGAACAGGAAAACAGGAAUUUGGAGGACAUCGACAGGAAUCAAGAAAUAAACGGAAACAUGGAACAGGAAAACAGGAAUUUGGAGGAAAUUGACAGGAAUCAAGAAAUAAACGGAAACAUGGAACAGGAAAACAGGAAUUUGGAGGAAACCGACAGGAAUCAAGAAAUAAAUGGAAACAUGGAACAGGAAAACAGGAAUUUGGAGAGUUUAAAUAAUUUGAGCAGUAAAAAGAUUGAUGAGUGUUUGGAGUGUAGGAAAGAUGAAAAGAAAUUGACAGAGAUACAAAAGUUUUAUCAUGGGAAGAAUAUUAUGAUCACCGGUGCGACAGGAUUCCUCGGCAAGGUGCUCAUGGAGAAGCUUCUCCGCUCGUGCCCUGGCGUGGAGAACAUAUAUCUGCUGGUGCGGCAGAAACGGGGGAAGGACAUCUACACGAGGAUAGAAGAGAUUUUCGACGAUCCUGUAUUUGACAGGCUUAAACAAGAUGUACCGAAGUUCCGACACAAAGUGGUGGUGAUACCCGGAGACUGCGAGGCGGUGGGGCUCGGAUUAUCGCUCUCUGACAGACAAAUACUUACGGAGAAGGUAAACGUGGUGUUCCAUUCGGCGGCCACGGUGAAGUUCGACGAGCACCUCCGAGCGGCGCUCGCCACGAAUGUUCGCGCGCCGCUACAUCUGCUGAGGCUCGCGAGAGACAUGAAGGACUUGAGCGUCUUCAUGCACGUUUCAACAGCAUACUCCAACUCCCACCUGGAAGCGGUUCAGGAGAGGUUCUACCCUUGCGCAGCCAGCUGCGACCAUCUGGAGACGGUGAUAGACAAACUGACAGAUGACCAGAUCAACCAGAUGCUACCCACCAUCCUAGGUCCGUGGCCGAAUACCUACACAUUCACCAAAGCACUAGCAGAGAAGGAGUUGAGGAAAAACGCUGGAGAUCUUCCUCUCGGAAUCUUCAGGCCUGCGAUAGUAACAUCAACUGCGAAAGAGCCGCUAGUAUGUUGGCUGGACAACAUGUACGGGCCCACGGGAGUCGCCAUCGGCACUGUAACGGGUAUCCUCCGAACCCUGCAAUGCGACGAGAAAGUCACAGCGGACAUCGUGCCGGUGGACAUGACGGUCAACAGCCUGAUGGUGGCCGCUGCUAACGUACACAAAACUUACAAAAGGUCACCGCCCCCUGAGCCCCCAAUCUUCAACUAUGUCAGCUCCGUGGAGAACCGGAUCACUUGGGGCGAGUUCAUGACGCACAACCUCAAGCAUAUAGACAAGAACCCCUUCUCAAAUGCUGUGUGGUACGUGUCGCUGAUGCUGCACAGGUCCGCGUUAAUGAACCAGCUGUACAUAAUCUUCUUGCAUCUGCUGCCAGCAGUGCUGGUCGACGCGUUGGCUGUGUGUCUGGGAAGGCAACCAAAAAUGUUGAAGGUGUACCGCAAGAUCCACAAGUUCUCUUCUGUUCUCUCCUACUUCUGCACGCGGGAGAUACAUUUCUGCAACCGGAAUAUAAGGAAUAUGUGGGACAGCACGCCAGACGACGAUAAACAGAUAUUCCCGUUCAGUAUGUCCGAAGUGAGCUGGGAGCUGUAUUUCCAGCAGUACCUCAUCGGAAUCAGGCGAUACAUGUUCAAGGAGAGCGACGACACGCUGCCGCAAGCGAGGAUCAAGUGGAGAAGACUUUACUACCUACACCAGUUAGUAAGGCUAAUCUUCUCCGCUUUAGCCCUAUACGCUCUAUGGUCCAUAUUAACUACACUAUUUUAGAACCAAAGAGUUAUUGCUUUUCAAAUUAAGGA